AUGGCGGACCUCCACCGCCAACUGCAGGAGUAUCUGGCGCAGGGGAAAGCGGGCGGGCCGGGAGCCGCCGAACCGCUGCUCGACGCGGGAGAGGCGGAAGAGCCCACGGCCGGGGCCGGGCCGGCGGGGGCGUGGCUCGGCCGCGCGGGCCUGCGCUGGACGUGGGCGCGGAGCUCCGCGGAGCCGACGACGGCGGCGGGACCGACGUGCAUGCCGAGCGUGACGCGCGCUCAGCGGCUGGCGGCGAGCGGCGUGUGCCUGCUGCUGGCCGCGCUCUGCUUCGGCCUGGCCGCACUCUACGCUCCCGUAUUGCUGCUGCGAGCCCGCAAGUUCGCGCUGCUGUGGUCGCUGGGCUCGGCGCUGGCGCUAGCGGGCGGCACGCUCCUGCGAGGCGGUGCGGCGUGCGGACGCCUGCUGCGCGGCGAGGAGGCGCCGUCGCGGUCCGCGCUGCUCUACGUGGCCGCGCUGGGCUCUACGCUGUACGCGGCGCUGGGUCUACGCAGCACGUGGCUCACGGCGUUGGGCGCCUGCGCGCAGGUGGCCGCGCUGCUCGCCGUGCUCUUGGGCCUGCUCCCCCGCGGCGCGGGCACCGCGCUGCGCAUGGCGCUCGGGCGCCUGGGCCCGGGAGCCACCCUCGCCAAGGCGCUCCCCGUGUGAGACGCCUGGGGCCCGCGCCGUCGGAAAGGACACAGAGUCCGGCCCCGGGACGCGCCGUCGGGAGACCACACGCAGCCGGCCCAGGGGCCCAGCGCUCGCCAUGCCAAGGACUGCGCCCGCCGUUCCCAGAGCGCGCGGGGCAAAGGCUGCUCCUUUACUGUGCCAGCGAAAUCUUUAAACUGAGCAGCUGUUGUAAAACUGAGACAUGAGCUGUUUCGGAAGUUCCUCAAGUUCAGCGUUUUGUGCUAUACUUGGCAGCAAGUGCUAUUAAGAACUAAAUUUUGUCCUUGAGUUGGUGACAUACUGUGAAGCAUUUAUGAUAAAUUGCUUUUGCGUUAACCGUGGUCUUAGAUUACAUUCAGUUGAAAAAGAAAAAGAACACUGGCUCUUCCGUUUUAAUUAACUGCCCUUAUUACUUUUCUCAGACAUCUGUUCCACGUUUUGUCACUUUAAAAAAUCCAGUGGUAGACUGUAGUAGCUUAGCUACAGUAAACUUGUUCUCUUCGGCUCUUGGAAAUUAUUUUUCCGUAUUCAAUGUGAGUGGAUCCAUAAGAGUUAUCAAAAUAAAUACUGAUUUUAGCCACCGGAAUUUUUAAAAGUACUUUAGUUAAGACGGUUUAUCUCAGUUUUUUCUACUUUUAGUGGAGUUGUAAACAUGGUGCCUUAUAAAAUUAAAGGAAAAUUGAUUCUGUAUUAGAUGAGGAAAGCGAUGGACCAAGAAGCAUCCAGUAAGAAGUACCCAGUAAGGUGCAUGUAAAUGUUGUGAGAGGUCCAUGGGCAGAACUGAGCUAGGGGACUCCUGGGAGACAGAUGAUCUACGUGCGGUUUCGCUAUUUGAUGGAAACCAUGGAUUUCUACAAGGCCGAAUUUUUUUCAUUCCUAAUUUUAUGAUCUGCUUUUUAACUAUAAUUUACACUUUACAGUCUGAUCUUCAUGCAAUGUAAGAUGCUUUUCGUAUCUAAUUGCCAAAUUUCCUUCAUUUUAGGUUUAGCACUUUUGUUUAGGACCUUCUUACUUACCUAAUUUAUUGCCAGAAAGUAUGGGCUCAAUACUCUGAUGAGUCCAGAAAACUACACGUUUUGUCACUAGCUGUAAUAUUAACCAGGAAGUAAACUAUUUAAAACGUUUAAAUCCUAUGCCAGUGGUUCUCCGUUCACAUGAGAAUUACUUGACGACUCAAACCUCAGAUCAACUCAGUCUGUCUCUGCAGGGGUGGGGGUGGGAGCCAGGCAUCAGCAUUUUUUUUUGAGCUCUCCAGAUGAUUCCUUUUCCAGCUAAGGUUGUGAACCACUUUUCUGUAUGUUGGAUUGCACGAUUUGAAAAUAACUGUCUCCUGGGGCUGGAUUCCAGUAUUGCCAAAACUGGCUGUCAGGCAGCAGUAGAGCCUUGCCCCUUUGUCCAACCUCAAAAUUUAGAUUUUUAUCAGUGUCCUAAGCCCUGCUGCAAGAAGUGGACACUAAAGUGACCAACAUCCACACUGUAGACUUACCCCAGCCCCCCAUAUUCUCUAAGAAUGCUGCCUUGUCCCCCUCUCAGUAAAUAGGGUUACCUACCUCAAGAGGAACAACCAAGGGGGUGUUUGUAAAAGCAAAUCCACUGUUUUGGGGGAGUGAUUUAUUUUUUGACUGGAAAACUUGUACCAUUGGCUGCUCUUUCUACCCCCUUGUUAAAUCUGCAUUCUAGUUCUAAAUUUCUCUACAGUUUGCAUGGCUGAAGAUUUCACAGUGUUGACUUUUAUGUUCAUGCUACUGUAUUUUUAAAAAUUGUUUUCCCAACAUUUUUUCAAGAAUUCACUGUUUGGAAAUCUAAGCUUUAAUAAAAUUCAAAGCAUAACAUCUUGUAUGUAUUUUGACAGUGAUACUUUAAAAUGCAUCACUUACUAAGUAAUCACAUUACUAAGUAGUUAGUAAAUAUAUAAUGUUGAGUUUUCAGUUUUCUCUAAAUGAAUUCAUUCUCAAAAUGUGAUCUGGUUAUCUGCUUGCUGAGGUACUGUGUUUUUCAAGUUAAAGCCUUGGAAUGUUAUGAUACAGUUCUUAUGUAUGGGUUUGCUCUCCGGAUCCCUUUUUAGCUUCUUAGAAUUUGAUUACAACUUCUUUUUAAGCUAUACCAGUGGAGGGCAAAUAAAGAAUAUCCUCAAACCUAAAGCAAUCCUGAGUCUCCUAAAUGUGUGUUUAGAGCAAAGUGCUGAUCAAUAGGAUGUUUUAAAUCGCAAAGAGAAAAUCUCUUGCAGUCUCUAGGUUCUAACACCCUGAAAAAGCAGUGUGUAUGUGGUCAACAUUUUAUCUGCAGAGAUAACUUAGCACUUACCAUUUUUUAAAUUAAUAGAGAAUCAGGAGUUUUUUAUAUACUCCCCAACUAUGUCAGUAUCCCUUUCCUAAGCAACUACUGACACUUUCCAGCACCACUAAAUUUGUCAAGGAAACUUCUCCUAUGCCAAACUGAAGCUGGCAAAGUAAUGAGACGUUAGGGUGGCCACAGGACAGUCUUUGAAUAAUAAAAGCUUUCUUUUUAUAUAAACAAAGGGGUCAGUAUAGAAAGUAUGCUGGGGUUAUCUCAAACUGAACUUUUGGCUUUCAAUUCAAACUGGGCCAAAUGUUCCAUUUAUUUAAAACUAAAGGAAUUUGUUGUGGAUGAGAACUUCCUGGCUUACUUUAAGUUGGAACAAUCCUCUGCCUUAAACACUGGUGUUUCCACAUAGCUAGUGUGGAAGAGGAAGUAUUUAAGUUUUGCACAACU